GUUUUUGCAGUGUGCGAAGAGUACCUCGAAAUAACAGAUACAAGCCCAAGAUCUCAGAACUGAUAUGAACUAACUUUAUGACAACCAAGAGCACAUUUUGGGUAGUGAUUAAUGCAAAGGCUACCAGUUUUGUACACACUUCUGAAAGAAAAUAACAGAUUUAAAAUUAUGUUAUCAAUUCUAAUUUACUAAUUAAGGAUAUUGAGAUAUGCUUUAUGCUAACCACUCGGCAACUGUGCUUCCCAUUCACAUUCAAAGCAACUGCGAAAUUCCUACAGUAUACAGUAGGCGUUGGACAACAACCUCGUCAGAAUUAUCUACAGUGAAAGCGAGAAUAUGAUGCAUAUUCGUCGAUUUUACUAAAUAAUAAACGGCAAACUACAAAUUUCUCUCAUUCGUUCAUGGCGACGUCGAUCUAAAACGUCACUACGCACUACUGACCAAUCGCUAACGUUUUCGGAGAGGAUGCUGAACAGGCUGGGCCCCAUCUGGGCGAAGCACAUAUUAAAUCCAUAACGCCGCUCAUGUGAGCCCUUUUUAGUGUAGUGAAACGCAUGUUAUCCGAAGAGCGGUAGUUCGUUUGGAAUUGUCUCAGUCACAUUGUGGUUUGUAGCUUAAUAAGGUUCUUUUCGUGGCCGUGGCAUGGAUGAAAUACGGCCUAACAGCGGUGCCCAGGCGCACGGGCUAUCGUCACUGUUUCCCCCGGGAUUGCAGGCUAUCUACGGGGAAUGUCGGCGACUUUAUCCCGAUCAAGCAAACCCGCUACAAGUUACAGCCAUUGUCAAAUACUGGUUAGGGGGUCCAGACCCGUUAGACUACAUUAGUAUGUAUCGAAAUACGGGGUGUCCAGCUCAGGACGUCCAGGAGCAUUGGCACUACGUCAGCUUUGGUCUCAGCGAUCUGUAUGGAGACAACAGGGUUCACGAAUUCACAGGAAUAGACAAACCCAGCGGCUUUGGCUUCGAGCUCACCUUUCGACUGAAAAGAGAGAUGGGGGAGACGGCCCCGCCCACCUGGCCGGCUGAACUCAUGCAAGGCUUGGCGCGCUACGUCUUCCAAUCGGAAAACACGUUUUGCAGUGGCGACCACAUAUCAUGGCACAAUCCCCUAGACAACAGCGAGUCUCGCAUCCAGCAUAUGUUGCUCACGGAGGACCCUCAAAUGCAUCCCAUUCAAACUCCUUUUGGCACCGUCAGUUUCCUGCAGAUUGUGGGCGUUUGUACAGAGGAGCUGCAGGCGGCACAGCAGUGGAAUGGCCAAGGCAUCUUGGAACUGAUGCGAGGGCUUCGAGUAGCUGGCGGUCCCUGGCUGAUCACAGACAUGAGGAGAGGGGAGACCAUCUUUGACAUUGAUCCACAUCUACAAGAGAGAGUGGACCACGGCAUCGAGACGGAAGGCUCCAACUUGAGCGGGGUCAGCGCGAAGUGCGUGUGGGACGACCUGAGUCGACCGCCAGAUGACGACGAGGACAGUCGGUCCAUUUGCAUCGGCUCGCAGCCUCGCAGGCUCUCUGAUAAAGACACAGAAAAGAUCAGGGAGACCUUAAGGAAAGGCCUGGAGUUUAACACCAAGGCACCACUGCCCCCCAUCGGCAGCCAGAGACAUGACAGACCUCAAAGUCGAAAGGACAGUUUGGAAAGCGAGACCUCAACCGCCAUCGUCCCGCACGAGUUAGUCCGAACACGACAGUUGGAAAGUGUCCAUCUGAAAUUUAACCAAGAGUCCGGCACACUGCUUCCACUCUGCUUACGGGGCCGCUUGCUGCACGGCAGACAUUUUACUUUCAAAAGUAUUAACGGCGACACGGCUAUUACGUUUGUGUCUACUGGGGUGGAGGGAGCCUUUGCUACUGAGGAGCAUCCAUACGCAGCCCACGGCCCUUGGCUUCAGAUAUUGUUGACUGAAGAGUUUGUGGAUCAGAUGCUUGGGGAUUUACAUGAUCUUAACACUCGUGAGGAUACAAAACUACCGAAAGAGUACAGUUGGCCAGAGAAGAAGCUGAAGAUCUCCAUCCUCCCAGACUGUGUGUUUGAUAACCUUCUGCAAUGAGCUGGAGAUGCUUAUUCACUACAAAAAAAAAAAAAAACAACAAUGUCAAAACCUGCACAUCCACUCACUCGGAGGACGCAGUGACGUUGAAGUGUCCUCACUAAAGAAACGUGAACUCCAAAAGACUCUCAGUCGAUCUGGGCUGCUCAAAGUCUCAGGUCCAUAUUACAAACGUCGCUAACGCAGUUUAGCCAUGUAGGCGUCACAUCACAAGCAAUAACUUGUGUUCUAUUUAUUCCAGUGGCCACAGUAAAGACAACAACAAAAAAGUCAGCUACUGAUCGCAUUUUUAACAUGUUUUCUUUCAUUAUUGCCUUUGCUGUAUGUGUACGUUAAACAAAUGCUGGACAUUUUUCCCGCUAUGAUGCCAAAGGUAAUGUCGGUCACUCGGUGCUAAUGCUUUGACUGGGUGAAGUAAGCCAACAUUUCAACUCUCGUCUUUGUUGUAUGGCUGACAAAUGCUGCAAAUACAUGCCCCUAUGCCAAGAUUUUGUAUAGCAGGAGCGAGGAACCUAUCAGGAGCUAUUUCAUUUUUCAUCAAGUUCUUUAAGGGCCACACUAAAUGUAUGAAAUAUAAGCAUUUCCUCCAAACUUGUAUUUGUUUUUAGCGUUGCCAGAUCAAGCCCAUAUAUGGCUGGAGGUUCUUUACCCUGGUUACGUGCAGUCAUAUUUCAGUUUGUAAUGUCUCCAUUAACUUGGGUUAGGUAAUAACUUGUCUGCUUUUGUGUUUUAAGAUGGCAAUCUCUACAGUGUUAUGUCCAGCGGCCACUGUGAAUGAAAAGGUUUGGAUUUUUGUGUUGUCGUGUGUAGGAUCAGUUCGACAAUGAGUUGGAGCAAACCUCAAAUUGAAAAGGUCCACACACGCACAGAUAUGUUGGCUCAGUGAUUCUUACUGUGUCAUGAGCCGCUUGGAUUUUGAUCUCGAUAACACCAGAAUUGAAAGGACAAAUUUUACGAUAUUGUCUUUCUUUUCAGACCGCGUGUACUGUUACACCAUACUGUAUGUCAUGAUAUUAUAUAGUUGUCUUUGUCUGUCUUUUUUUAAGUGACUGAUACAUGUUGAUAACAUGCUUUUGUUAUUUGCCAUUUUAUUUGAACCGGUUAUAAUCCCAAGUGCAUUAAAGAGUAGCUAUUUACACAAAUAAAGCUGGAACACUGAUAAA